AUGCUGCGCUGCUCGCGCCCUCGAAUGGCAACAUCCGGAACGCGGCCGAUCAUUGACGUCAUCCUCACCUUGAUGAUUUACUCAACAUCAAGGUUUUCUGAUCAACAAGGACAAACAUUUUAUAAACACCAUUUAUUUAUUUUAAAAAAAACUGAAAUCUUUGGACAGUCAUUGUGCAAAGUAUGUUCACAAAUAGAACGGCAUGGUUCUCAAAUAGUGUGAGACGAGGAAGCCGUUGGUUUUGGGUAUCUGAGGGUGGAGGUAUUACAAGUUGGGAGACAGCAGACUACCUUUUCAGUGAGGAUGCCGCCUGUCCUGAUACAGAAAGGAUAUUUGAGAGUGUGGACUAUGCUGAGAACAGGCUAACAGUUUUUCACAGCUUCUAUCUAGCUGCCUGUGAGAAAUGCCACAGUGUCAAGUCGGUGUGCAUCGGUCAUUAUGUGCUGCCUCCUAUCUCUGUCCAGGAGGUGGUGAAAGCAGUGGUUGGGAGAUUUAUUUGGGAGCAGGAGGAUAAUGCAAAGGCUGUUGAUACAGAGGAUUCAGAUGACAGACUGGCAUUGGGCAAUAGGCAGAAGGAAGAAGACUACAGUGGAGGUUGCUGUGAUCACACAGACAUCAAUAGUUGCCACGAGGUACCCUUUCUGGAUACUCCGGAUACUCCACAAAGAGAGGGGGCUCUGUGUUGCGAAGUACAACAUUACCCAGUUAAUAACAUGGUUACAGGAUAUGUCAGUAUUGAUGAACUGAGGACUUAUUCAGGAGAACUUCAAGACUUCCUACCAGGCCAUUGUGGUUCUUCAGUCUCUAAAAAAAGGCGCUCCACAGUAGAUAUUGCUUAAUGUCAUAUUACAAGGAUACAGAUCACAGGGAUAAUUAAGAGUAACACUUUUUAUUGGAGAAGAAGAAAUACAGUAUGGGAUGUUAAAUGGAACAUUUAGCAGGAUCGCUAAACAGUGUUG